GACCACUUUCUUCCUGGUCCAUCUCUACAUAAGAUUGCGAAGGCGAAAGUGGUAACAAAUGGACACAAAAAACCGCUUGCAACUUUUAGUAUUUGCGGGAAAAGUUUGUCAUCCAAACGAUCAUACGACGAGCAUAUGAACAUUCACAAUGAUGCCAGACCAUUCGCGUGCGACCACUGUAAUUAUGCUGCAGCGAGCCAGAUGACAUUACGACGUCACAAGUUACGUAGUCACACGGCAAGGCGUGACUGGGGUUACAAAUGCCCGUAUUGCUACGAGUCAUAUAUGGAGCCAGCCAGUUAUCAGCAGCAUGUGCAAUCCCGACAUUUUGGAAGGUCGGCCACAUUUGGUUGUCCAUACACUCAGUGCAACUUCCACUCUAAAUGUUUUCGACAUUUUCGCGAACAUUUGGCCAAGCACAACAAUUAUGAUUGGUCAGUUCCGAUUUUGACACGAAAUUGUGAACUGAAAGAGUGCUUCAACAGAAGUUACAAAAACGGAAAGGACCAUAAAUCUGGAUACUUUUGA